AUGGAUAACUUAGAAAAUAAUGCGUGGGUAUUCGAUUCUCUUGUGGGCUUUUUACAUGGUCCAGUAUGGAAUAUACCUUUACAAACAUUUAUCGAAGAAAAAUCACUUCCUUUUGAACCUACUGAUGAUGGAGAAGUACUUGAACGACCAGAAUACAAAAAGAUACAUGAAGAGUACCGUAACUUGGUGGACGUAAUGCUGGGUUCCUUUAUGGAAGAUAUCGGCAUAACGGCCGAUCAAUUUGAAGCAGCGUGCCGUCUCUCAGCACAAGAUCUAGCUGGACUACCCGCGUAUUUCCAUAAACGUCUCUUUGAACAAAUUUGGGCUGCUAACGACUACGAAAUGUUCGUUAAAAUGAUGACACAUAAAAAUGUUGAAUUACAAUUACAGGCAUUGGAGCUCAUUGAGAAGCGAUUUGGGACAAUGCCUAAUAUCUUUUCUUCGGAACCUGAUGAUCUAAACUCGACGCCUAGUGAUGGAGAUUCAGAUUGGCCAGAUUGCGAUGAUGUAAUGACUGAAAUAAAGAAGUUACAAUUAGAAGACAUCGAUGAAAAGAACGAAAUAGUUAAAGUACCCCCAGAAGAAGUAGUGGCGGAGAAACAAACUUUGAUAUCAAAGCUACAACAAAUUGAUAAAAAAGAAGAAAUUGUAGAUAUUAAAAAGGAAAAGAUAGUAAAAGAAGAAAUACCAGUAGUGGUGAAAAAAUUAGAGGUAAGCGAUGAAGAAAUUCGUGCUCGACAAGAAUAUUUAAAACAACAACGCGAUAAAUUGCUAAGUCUAAAGAAGCAGGUACGCGAGAAACGUCUAGGUGCUGCACAAAAUGAUGAUGAAUCUACAGGUUCUCAAACGUCAAGGCCGAGAUCAGCGCGUAUAGCUCAAGCUGCACUCGCGGGCACAACACUCGCGCCUCCCCCCGACGCAAUUCAACUACGAAGAGCUCUCGCUUCUAAGUUAAAAACCGAAGUAGUUGAUAUUAAACAU